GCAUCUCACGCCACGCCACCGUAAAAAGUACAGAUUACUCGAACUCACCGCUAUUCCUGUCGCCUUGCUGGUUCCGCGCGUACGUUCUCAUCUCUUCCCUCCGCCAAAGCGUAGCCUCGGUGACUCAGCUGCUCUGCGUCGAGUCGAUCAGCAGCUAGUCCCACGCGAACACGCCUAGCACCAAGCGUAGCACCAAGCGUAGCACCAAGCCUGGCACCAAGCCUAGCACCAAGCCUAGCACCAAGCCUAGCACCAAGCGUAGUACCAAGCCUAGCACCAAGCGUAGUCCCAAGCCAUCGGUCACGCGCGUUGACCCGGCGUCAUGAUCCCACCACAGGUCGCCUCACGCGCCGCUAGGCGGGUGGCAUCAGCGGCUCGCUGCUGCGCCGCGCGCGCGCAACACCGCUCGCGAUCCGGUGGUGAUCGCUAUCCCAGCGACGCCUAUCGCUGCGAUCAUGCCUACCGCUAUCACAUCGUCGCCGCAGGACUUUCUUCUGAAGGGACUUCCGUUACUACACCUCGCUUGGCGCGCUUGGCGCCGUCAGCAGCAGAUCUGGCGGGCGACACGGUACGGCUGGCUUCCGCAGCCCGCCCGUGCUCGUCCGCGUUACUAGCAUCUCCGGUAAUCACGGCCGCGAUCCUGCCCUCGAGUCGAUCGGCCCCGUUCACUCCGUUGACUCAGUUGACUCAGACGCGCGGGUCGCAGUUCGCGUCGGGGAUCUCGAUGCCGCGUUUGUCCUCGUUAGCUCCAUUAACCGAGGCCGCGGUCCUGCCGUUGACUCCGUUGACUCGGUUGACUCAGACGCGCGGGUCGCAGUUUGCGUCGGGGUUCUCCAUGCCGCUGCCGAAGCGGCUGGAGGAGAUCAUGUCAGUGGAGGCGCUGCGAGCUUCAACGCCCGAGGAGAUCACUGCCACGUGGAACAAUCACCACUUGGGUCGGACGCAUGUGAGCACGGUGAUUCCUGCUGCUGCCUUUGAGACUCUGCAGCACAGAGCGAAAGUGUGUCCCAUGUUUGUGCUUCCAAUGGCGAGGACCAACGGGUUUGUCACCAUGCUCGCACAAGCUCAGAUGCCCCACCUCCUCUUCACUGGCCUAGAGGACUAUAAAGUGCGAGGCCCCUCUGCAUCGCCCUUCUUUACAGUCACCCACUACACUGACCUAGCAGCAGAGAAGGGGUUGGUUCUGGUCCGGGGAGAUGUGGUUCUGCCAAACAAGCUCAGCGACGAUGAGGCUAGGACUCUUUUAAAAGAUCUGCACUCUUUCUACACCGAUGACUCACGCUACCGCCAUGUAGAAGCUUUCAAUAAGCAUCCCACAGAAUUUGAUUAUCGUGCUGUUGUUCGAGCACUAGGAAUUGUUGCCACUGGGUGGUAGGUUUGGGGAACCUAUAUUAUAAUGCGUAGGUUUGUAUGCGAUUUUAGGCCCUUAGUUCACGUUUUACACUGCAUUGACUUGCCAUGCCAAAUUGAUGCCAUCGAA